UCCCAGUUGUCUUGAAAGCACCACAAGAGGCGGAUGUUGAGUAGAUGAAUGAUAAACAGACGAGCUAACGGUUGCCAUCAUUUGACUUCCCUACAAACAGGCUUGUGAUAUAGCUGUCGUCAUCACCUAAUUCCAAUUGUGUGGAAGAGACAACACAUCAGGCUGUUGGACCUGACGGAAGAGCAGGCUCUGUAGGUGGAAACUCCCCACUGUCAUCAGCAGACUGGCUGAGUGAGUCCAAGGCCAGUGGUGAGUGGAGAUUCUACUCCAGGCCCCCCCCAUCCAAAGGUCCAGUCAGCAUGUCCAGCGACCCCCCUCCUCCCUACCCCGGAGGUCCCAGCGCCCCUCUUAUCAAGGAGAAGAAUGGACAGCCAGCCAUUCCGGGCUCGGCGGUCCCUGUAUCGACGGGUCCUCCUCAGGGACAACCCCUGCCUCCAGACUAUGGCCCUCCACCCUACGAGGCCACGCUACAGCCAGGCUUCUUGCCGCCACACGUCCCAGGAGAUGGGGCCAUGCCCAUACCACAUGGUGGCUUCUACCCUCCGCCAGGUCACUUUGGCCCGGGGCAGUUUGGCCCGGGGCAGUUUGGCCCGGGGCCCAUUCAAUUUGGGCCUGUGGCAGGUCAGACGGCUCACACGGUGCUGGUACCCCCUGGGACAGCUACCACAGUGACCGUGCUACAGGGGGAGAUAUUCCAGACAGCACCCGUACAGACUGUGUGUCACCACUGCCAGCAGCCCAUCAUCACCCGCAUCAACCACAGCGUGGGCCUCAUGAACGCUGUCUUCUGCCUCUUCUGCUUCUUUGUUGGGUGUGAUCUGGGUUGCUGCUUGAUUCCCUGUCUGAUCGAUGAUCUCAAGGAUGUGAUACACACCUGCCCCUGCUGCAAGGGCUACAUCUACACAUACAAGCGUAUCUGCUAACCACCACCAACAGACAGACACGUGUAGAGUGGGGCAAAAAACAUAUUUAGUCAGCCACCAGUUCUCCCACUUAAAAAUAUGAGAGAGGCCUGUAAUUCAUCAUAGGUACACUUCAACUAUGACAGACAAAAUGAGAAGAAAAAAAAUCCAGAAAAUCACACUAUAGGAUUUUUAAUGAAUUUAUUUGCAAAUUAUGGUGUGGGAGCAAUUAUUAGGAAAUGGAAGACAUACAAGACCACUGGUAAUCUCCCUCGAUCUGGGGCUCCAUGCAAGAUCUCACCCCAUGGGGUCAAAAUGAUCACAAGAACGGUGAGCAAAAAUCCCAGAACCACACGGGGGGACCUAGUGAAUGACCUGCAGAGAGCUGGGACCAAAUUAACAAAGCCUAACACAUUACGCCGCCAGGGACUCAAAUCGUGCAGUGCCAGACGUAUCCAGGCCCGUCUGAAGUUUGCUAGAGAGCAUUUGAAUCAUCCAGAAGAUUGGGAGAAUGUCAGAUGAAACCAAAAUAUAACUUUUUGGUAAAAACUCAACUCGUCGUGUUUGGAGGACAAAGAAUGGUGAGUUGCAUCCAAAGAACACCAUACCUACUGUGAAGCAUGGGGGUGGAAACAUCAUGCUUUGUGGCUGUUUUUCUGCAAAGGGACCAGGACGACUGAUCCGUGUAAAGGAAAGAAUGAAUGGGGUCAUGUAUCGUGAGAUUUUGAGUGAAAACCUCCUUCCAUCAGCAAGGGCAUUGAAGAUGAAACGUGGCUGGGUCUUUCAGCAUGACAAUGAUCCCAAACACACCGCCCGGGCAACGAAGGAGUGGCUUCGUAAGAAGCAUUUCAAGGUCCUGGAGUGGCUUAGCCAGUCUCCAGAUCUCAACCCCAUAGAAAAUCUUUGAAGGUCUGUGUUGCCCAGCAACAGCCCCAAAACAUCACUGCUCUAGAGGAGAUCUGCAUGGAGGAAUGGGCCAAAAUACCAGCAACAGUGUGUGAAAACCUUGUGAAGACUUACAGAAAACGUUUGACCUCUGUCAUUGCCAACAAAGGGUAUAUAACAAAGUAUUGAGAUAAACUUUUGUUAUUGACCAAAUACUUAUUUUCCACCAUUUCCAAAUUAAAUUCCUUAAAAAUCCUACAAUGUGAUUUUCUGGAUUUUUUUCCUUCUCAUUUUGUCUGUCAUAAUUGAAGUGUACCUAUGAUGAAAAUUACAGGCCUCUCAUCUUUUUAAGUAGGAGAACUUGCACAAUUGACUAAAUACUUUUUUGCCCCACCGUAUUAACUCAACUCUUAUGCACACAUUAACUCACAGCUCCUCAUGGUUGUAGUUGCAGCCUAUGUUCUUUCUCCAACAUUUGUUCAGUGUGUCGUGCUUCAUUUAGCCCUCCUAACUUUACCCUCACUUUCUAAAGCACUUACUUGUUCACACUCACUAUAUUUACUGUAUAUCAUAGGAGGCUGGUGGGAGGAGCUGUAAGAGGACAGGCUCAUUGUAAUGGCUGGAAUGGAAUCCAUGGAACGGAGUCCAACACGUCCAUGUGUUUGAUUUGUUUGGUACUAUUCCAUUGAUUCCAUUCCAGCCAUUACAAUGAGCCUGUCCUCCUAUAGCUCCUCCCACCAGCCACCUCUGCUAUAUUUAUUGUCCAGACUCACUUACCUAGCUAUGUACAGGCAUUUAGAUAAGUGCUAGAUAGACACAUCACACAGGACUGAACCUGCUCUAAAAACAGAAACUUAUAACAAUUGAGAAAAGAUGAGUUGCAGACACGGUACAUCUUGCAUACUUUAUAAAAAACUUCUUUGGUUACAGGAAGGCUUUGCAUUUGACAUUUAUGGAGCAAACUUGAGGGGUAGAGAAAGGUCACACUUUGGGAAAGCUGUAAACAUUUGUCACUUUAAUCAAAAUUGUCAGCAAUCAUCAGCAAUUGCAGGGUCAGUAUUUUGUUUUUGUAAUUAUUUAAUGUAAUUUAACAUGUUAAUAUUGAGGACAAGGAAGGUUAUGUCCAUGUCUGAGACCUACUUUAUGUUUAUGUUCUAAUCACCCUGUUUGUCCUACAACCUUAAUGUAUAUCCAUUUCAAAUGUUACAAGGAAAUAACCAUGUAUCAGAUUUGUUAGGACAAACUCGAGUCGGUAAGACUGAGUUAAUUUGAGUUGUUCUCACUUAAGUGAGAGAAGUAUGUGUUACUGUCUUUUUAAAUCUUCUAUUGUGCUUUAUAGUCACUCGAUGUCCAGUGAUUUUUGCUAGAGCUGUUACACAAUAAUGCCAGUCAUGUCCAUAUUAAUGUAUUAAAUUUUGAUAAUGAAGAACAUGUGUGCUUGUAUUGCGAAUGCACAAGUUCCCAUGUGAAAUUUCAUAAAACCAUAAUUGUCAUGA